GCGCUGUCAUGGCGGGGGUGCUGAAGAAGACUACUGGCCUCGUGGGAUUGGCUGUAUGUGACACUCCACACAAGAGGCUAAGAAUAUUGUACACAAAGAUUCUUGAUGUUCUUGAGCAAAUCCCUAAAAAUGCCGCAUAUAGAAAGUAUACAGAGCAGAUUAUAAAUAAGAAGCUGGCUAUGGUUAAAGCGGAACCAGAUGUUAAGAAAUUAGAAGACUGGCCGGGUUCGGUGGCUCAGCCUGUAAUCNNUCAGGCUGAAAAUGAACUAAAUCUGGCGAGAAAAAUGAUGCAAUGGAAACCUUGGGAGCCGUUAGUGGAAGAGCCUCCUGCUGAUCAGUGGAAAUGGCCAAUAUAAUCAUUAAAUGACUUUGGUGGGUUGAUGGAAAACUAAUGUAAUUAAACAUUCUGUU